AUGGCCACCAAUCCACAUGAGGAGGCGCUCACUCCACUGAUCCAGAGGUGGCUGGAGUGGGACCAGGAUCCAUCUACCCGUGCCGAGAUUGAGCAGCUUCGUGACUCGGGUGACUGGGUCGAAUUGGCUUUGCGCUUGCAAACACGCAUCCAAUUCGGAACCGCGGGUCUGCGCGGACGGAUGGCAGCAGGUUUCUCUUGUAUGAACUCCUUGACCGUCAUUCAGGCCUCCCAAGGCUUAGCCAAGUACCUGAAAACCCGCCACGGAGACAUUGCAUCUUACGGUGUGGUCAUCGGCCACGAUGCGCGGUAUCACUCGGACAAGUUCGCCGCAUUGGCUGCCAAUGCCUUCAUCGCACAAGAGAUCCCGGUCUGGUUCUACUCGGAGGCCUCGGUUACUCCAACCGUCCCUUUCGGUGUAACCCAUCUGCAUGCUGCUGCAGGCAUUAUGGUUACCGCAAGCCAUAACCCAGCGCAGGACAAUGGCUACAAAGUCUAUUUCAAGAAUGGUGCCCAGAUCAAUAGUCCCAUGGACGUGGAAAUUGCCCAAUCGAUCGAAGAGAAUCAAGUCCCAUGGCCAACCGCCUGGGACAAGCUGCAGCCAAGCGAAUACCUGCGCGACAAGAUAUACGAGAGUAUCCUGCCACACUACAACACCGCAGUCUGGCAAUACGCCACUUAUACUGUCCGUGAAUGGAAACAACCGCAGCCGUUUGUCUACACCCCUUUGCACGGAGUGGGAGGCUUGGUAUUUCCUGGGUUGUGUCGCUCGGUAGGUAUCAGUGAUUUCACGGUGGUGCCAGAGCAAGCAGACCCGAACCCGGACUUCCCCACGGUUGCCUUCCCAAACCCGGAGGAGCCUGGCGCUCUAGACCUGGCGCUGCAGCUGGCGGACAAGGAGGGAAGGCCUCUGGUGAUUGCUCAUGAUCCAGACGCCGAUCGAUUCGCUGCGGCGGAGAAGGUGGACGGAUCGUGGUUUAUCUACACCGGGAACCAUUUAGGGGUCCUCCUUGCGUCACAUCUGUUUGACUCCUUGGAAACCAUCGACAGUGACACACGGGUUGCAGUCUUGAAUUCCGCUGUCUCUUCUAGUAUGUUGGAGAAGAUGGCGAAGGCGAAGGGCAUGCACUAUGAGGAAUCGCUCACGGGCUUCAAAUGGAUGGGAAACACAGCUCGCAGGCUAGAGGAGCUUGGCUACUAUGUUCCAUUCGCCUACGAGGAGGCUCUUGGGUACAUGUUUCCCGAGGUGUCUUACGACAAGGAUGGGAUUUCUGCCGCCAUGGUGUUCCUCCUGGCCGAGGCAAAAUGGAAGGCAGAGGGCAUGACGCCUUACAUGAGAUUGCAGCAAUUGUUCAAGGAGCAUGGCCACCACGAAACACUCAACACUUAUUUCCGGUCACCCAGCCCCGAGGUUACAGCGACCUUGUUUAACGCAAUCCGAGCUGGUCCCUUUCGGUCUGAGAAGUCACUUGGGUCCUUCAAGAUUCAUCGAUGGCGUGAUAUGACAGAAGGAUAUGACUCAGGCACGGAGGAUCAUAAACCUAAGCUGCCAAUCGAUAAAACCAGUCAAAUGUUGACUCUUUGGCUUGAUCGCGAAGUUCGGUUCACAUUCCGCUCCUCUGGCACCGAGCCGAAGGUGAAGAUCUACAUUGAGAGCUCUGGUCCUUCCCGCGAUGAGACUGUGAAGGCAGUCAGUGACACGUUCCUGGCUGUGCUGAAGGAAUGGGUUCAACCCUUUGCCCCAUCGAUGACCUAUAGCAGAGAGCUUCCCACAUCCUCUGGGCAUAUCUUCAGGUUGGAUUGA